AUGGCGAGCAAGGCCCCAGUCUCGCGGGGCGCUGAAAGCGGAGAUGGGUGGAUUCAAGACGCCCAAAAGACCGCCUCAUUUCCGCAGAACGAACCCAGCGCAGGCGACGGUCGGCGCGUCGUCUGUGCUGAGUUCUGCAAACCUUUCGACGCCAUGGAAAUGGACGCGCCAUCUGCGACCAGCCGUCCCGAGACCCUUGCCGCGGGCAUCGUCACUCCGAUCGCCCAGCUCGCCCCGGGGCUCUCCGACCAAGACUCGCGCGUCGUGAGAGGCGAGGUCACCGUCGUCUGGCCUUAUAGUCUGAUCCGCAAGUCUUUUGCCUUUGUCAUCGCCGAGCCCGACGUCCGACUGCGCGACUCCAGUGGUCAAAUUCGUCUCCAGAUCGAUGGCGCGAUUGCGAAGCUCGUCGCUGAGAGUGGGCUUGAGAGUGGCGAUGAGAUCUUGCUGAGUUUGGCAGGUGCAGGCUGGGCUGCCAACACUUACGAAGCUCGGAUACCUGGGUCAUGUUCGAAUUGGCAGCUUGAAUACACUCAGAAAAUCACUCUCGAGAUCAAAUCCUCCUUGACUGAGGACACCAAAGUUCUGGAUUUAACAAAUCCGCCUUCCACAGAGACGGGCCCUGCAUCUGAACCUCCCAUCGUCGAAGCGCCUUCGGAGGAUUUCCCCAUCGCCGAAGAGCCGUCCGUCACCAGUCCUGUGCAGCAAUCGAGCCAUGUCGAAUUUCAUUCCCCGGCUUUCAUCAAAAGAGCUCGCCUAUCCUACGGUUCUCUGUUUGAACCAGACCACGACCCGUUUGCAGAAGACGAUGGUGGGGUAAAAGGAAAGGGCCGGAAAAGGGCACGAUUCGGUCGCUACAGUGCGUCAUGGAGAUAUGCCAGCCAUUCGCCUAGCCCCGAGCCCAGCGACGCCGGUGUGGAGGAGGAUCCCGACGCGGAGGCUGCUGCAGGCACCGAUGAUAGUCCAAGCACAGCAGCACCUGCGCCGAAGUCCUCGGAGCCGACAAUGGUUGAUGAAGGUUGCCAGGUCGUCGAGUCGAAUCUUGCCUCAGACGAGGCAAGCAUAGAUCGUCCAGUAGCAUCGCCGGCCGAGAAAACAACCACAGAUGCCAGUGUGCCUGACCCGCCAGUUUCAUUUGCACCGACACUUGCGCCAGAGAGCGCGCAGAUGUCCACUGGAAAUGUCGAAGCAACUGUUCCUUCGACCUUUGAGACUAGCACCCUAUUUGGGAGAUUUGAAAGCAGUAAUGGCGAUUACUCUGUGCCUAGGUUUCAGACAGACAUCUCUGACAUCCACAGUGGCCCUUCUAUAGAGGAACAGGUCAGGUUUGGCUUUCAUCAUAGUCCUAGCAUACCGCUGGCGCCCCAGGGAACGGAGGUGGAGCAUAGUCAACCUUUUCCGCAAGCCCACGGCACUGAGCAGGCGACGCCACUUCCGGCCAGCACUGGAGCUGAGGCUUCAGGAAUGGUCCAAGACCUGCCGCCUGUACCAAUGUCCAAAUCGCAUGACGGCGAAGCAGUCCACCAAGAGACCAUACCGCUCUGGAAUGUCAGCAACGAACAGAUACUGAAUCCUGCACACGCGGAUGCAGAGCUGCCCAUUGAUCCCUCCCUCACGGCAGCUCUGGAUGCAGACGGGCCAGACACAGAACUAGGCACUCCUAGCCGUACAGCAUUGCCCACUGAGGUCAACUUGUACGGAUCAUACAACGAGAAUCGAUACCAAAACGAAGCCGAAAAUGAAAUGGUGGAACAGAAGAUCGAGGGAGGGUCGGUAUCCUCCGAGGAGUCCAUGAAUCCCGAUGAAGCCGAAUACGAGCGCGAACUGGCCAAUGAGUCCUAUGAUGAUUACGAUAUGAGGAACUAUGCCGACGUGGAGGACGAUAUUGAGGGACCACAUGACAACGUGCCGCCUGAGGGAGAGGACGAGGAGGGCAAUUAUUAUUCGGAUGGAAGUGAGGGCCAAGAGGAGGAAGAAGAAGAGUAUUCCGAGGAUGACGAAAGCGACGGAGAAUCACAGGAGAUGUCUGCACCAAAGCUCGAGAGGGCACCGCAGCAAACGGGUCCGGUAGUGAUUGACUUGCUAUCAGACUCAUCGGAUGAUGAGAGUGAUCCUCCUCCCCGGUCCGUCAGCAUUCAUAACGCAGAACCUCAACGAGAUAUCGAGAACAACGAUGUUGGCCAGGAAUCACAUCUGGUAGCACAGACCUCACAACCAUCGCCGCCUUAUGACAUCCACUCUGAGCCAAGCAACAGUGAACCUGAAUCUGAACUUGAAGGAUCUGGACAGUCUGAGGAGGAUGCAGAGGGCGAGGACGACGAGCUGGCGGGAUUUGAGAGUCCCGUAAGAUCCAUUGUUCAGACCGAACCUGAGCCCGAAGCCUCUCAAAUGCCUGCUGUCAAAUCAGAGCCCGAACAAAUCAUGUCAUCUUCGCGGCAUGCCACGCCAGAGCAGUCAAAUAAGGAUUCGCUCAAGGACGCCAAAAACGAAAAGUCCAGCCCAAAAACCGAUCAAGACGUUGAAAUGACUGUGCCGAUGAUGUCUGGGGCUCUGUUUCCGACUGCAGCUGAUGAGAUGCAACAAUCUAUCGAAACCGUCGAGGAAACCGGUGGCGAGGGAGAAACAGACGUCAAGGAUGAAGUCGAGGACUCGAAACGAUCUUCGCGUCCCCCAGGUGGAGAAAGCGAACCAGACGAGAAGAUGGUGUCAAGUGUCGCCACCCCUUCAUCACCUAUACGAAUGAGUGCCACCUCAGAACAGCCAAACGAGCCUGCUAUGGCGUCAGAUCCAGCCGACGCAAUAACAGAGACUGGUAGACUUCCCACCCCAACAGGGAGGCAAACGCCACAAAUCGAGAACACCGCUCAGUCAGAAGAACAAGAGUCCAUACAAGCCGCCCAAACUGCCGACACAGAGCAGGUGCUGAAGGAGGAUGAUGAUAAUGUUGAUAUGGUGGAGGUCCCCAUGCUAGACAGUGGAUCGCCGCUGUCGACUGUUGUAGCUGCACUGGAACAGAAGCUCGAGGAGAACAUUGUGGUUGAGAAACAAUCAGAAAUUGCGGCCGGUGAGCCUGAUGGUGUCGACCUCCCCAGCGAGGGCAAGAAAAACGAGACGGUCUGUCAGGCAGUGGUCUCGGUUGAUAUCGAACAAGUUACAAUCAGCAAGUUGGAAUCUGUCGAAACUACACAGCUGUCUGAAGGCAGCGGAGCGCCUGAGAAGUCCGUUGCGACUACGGUGGAAGAUACGGAGGUCACUGUUGAAGGCGUUGAGAUUGUUGCCAAAGAAGACGACAUUGCCAACAAGUCUCCUGGGCCGGAUCCGGCGUCGCCUGCGUCUUCCGAAAUCGAGCACGUCCGCGGGCAGUCUUUGUCGAGUGUGAGAUCGAAUCAGAGUCGCGCAUUUGCCACCCAGAUUCCUCCGUCCGAAUCAGGAUAUGUUAAUGACGACUUGUUGACCGACACUCAAGAAAACGACAUGUCAGAGAAGCCAGAUGGCCAAGGUGUACAGACCGAGAUGGAUGGAGUUGAGGCUGGGGAACCUGAAGCUUCGGCUGCUCUGCCAUCUGAGCAUAAACAAAGCCCAAGUCAUCGAUUUGCUUCCCAGGAACCCACGUCUGACGACGUCGACAUGGUUGACGCCGGCUCUGCUUCGGAAGACGAUAGUGCUGCCGAAGUUGAAAAUGAAAGCGAUCAUUCUGAAGAUGGCGACUUUGUUGAGGCCCCUGAGAGUAUCAAAGAUGCAGCCGGCGCUGCCGAGGACGACGAGUCGAAAUCCUUGUCUCAAGAUGACAAGGCUGUCGAAGACGAAGAAAUCCCUUCAUCGCCUGUUCUAAGUACGACACAUGAAAUUGAUAAUGAAGACGGCGCCAAAGGUGGCUCCUCUCAUGUCGAAGAGGAUAAUGAAGACGAAAAGCCGGAAGCCGAAGAAGUGAAAAGCGUUCCCGACGAGGCUGCUGCUGGAUCUUUGCAAAAGGAAGAAAUCCGGGUCGACAUUCGAGAUGAUUUCAAGGUCGCAGAGAUUGCCUCGGACUCAGAGCCUCGACAAGUCGACGACGCACCGGACGAAGAUCAAAGCAUCAGUGAUGUAAACGAGGAAUCGUCACCUGUCAAGUUCGGGGGGUCAGACGAUUCUCGGAAUGUCUCAGAGGCGGAAGACGGCGACGAGUCGGAAGAGGAAGCGUCUGCUGCGGAACAAACACCAACCACGCGGGCAACUCGCAGCGCUAAUAAACAAAACGAUACCAAGGCAGCGAGGGCUGCCUACAAACCAAGCAAGAGCCCCGAGCUCGACCCACAGGAGAUCUCUAGCGAUUCUGAGCCUGAACAGGCGUCAACCAGGAUUACCCGGGGUGCACUUAGGAAGGAUAUCGAACAAACACCCAGCGUCCGAUCACGAAACACCCCACAGCCCGAUAACGUCAGCGAGCUUGCCGCUGAAGAAGAUUCUGAGCCAUCGGCUGAGCCGCCCUCUACAAGGGUCACUCGGGCUAGUCGCAAAAAUGAACCCUCAGAUACUCCGAGGGCUGCCAGGCCCGUCACCAGGGCUACAAAGACCAAGCAGGCACCCACUAAGGCCGAAGAGAAAGCUGACAAGGUCAAGACGACAGCUUCUGAUGCUGACCCCAGCGUCCGGCUGGCCAAGGGCGCGGUGAACAAGAAGGGGCCCGUCGAGCAGCCGCAGGAGCGAGCUGAUAUCAUAGAUGGUGACCCCAGUAUCAGGUUGGCGCGGUCGGCUGCGGGUAACAAGCGCAAGCAGCCAGCUGAGCCGGCCAAGCCGGUAACCGGAACCAGCGAUGGCGAUCCUAGCCUCAGGUUGGCCAGGGGAGCUGCUGCGAGCAAGCGGAAGCAGCCUCCCGAACCGGUGGAACCAUCAGUCGCGGCACCCGAUGCAGACCCCAGCGUUAGGCUGGCUAGGGCAGCAGGCAACAAGCGCAAGCGAGUCCCUGACCAGCUGGACGUAUCAGCCCCAGCUGCAAAAAACAGGAUGACCACUAGGUCUGCCUCUAGCAGUUUUCGGCGGAGCGCCAGCCCUGCAGUGACAGAGGACCCGAGUGUGAGGCUGGCCAAGGGAGCGCUCAAUAGUCCCUCUCGUCGCCAGAAACACACGGCCUCGGCAGAUGCACAUGCACGCACAGAGACGGCGCCCAGCACCAGCAACAACAGCAACCAGAUCAAGACAGAGGUCACACGCCGGCUGCGCGAAGACCUGCCCGACUACCAGACCCUUCUCAGAGUGCCCAAGAUGGUUGGCAAAACGGUCGAUCUGCUUGUCUUGGCCACGACGGAGGGCACCAAACCAACACGAACAAAGGCGCGUCAGUACUGCAUGUCCUUCAACGUGACCGACGCCAGCAUUUCUUCCCGGGUUUACGAGGUGCAGCUGUACCGUUUACAUAAAGAAUCCCUGCCCAUAGUCAAGCCUGGAGACCGCGUGUUGCUGCGCGACUUUAACAUUGUUGCGUUGACGGACCGCGGCUGGGGCCUGCGCUCGGUCGAAAAGUCCUCGUACGCCGUUUUCGACGAUGCCGACGAUGCGCACGAUGGAGAGGACGCGGCCGAACCCGCCGGCGGGAUGCCACAGAUUCGUGGGCCGCCCGUGGAGCUCACGGCGGCCGACCACGAAGUUGCCAAGCUGCUGAAGGAGUGGUGGAGCUCCCUCGACGAUGGCGCCAGGGACAGGCUCGACAAGCAAAACAAGAAGCUCGCAGCUGGUUCAUAG